GCAAACACCUAAAACAGAGUUCAAAGCUACAUAUACAUAGAAAAUUUUCAAACUAAAAUAAUUCUUUUCGUAUAUAUAGAUGACGAACUCGGUGGCUAAUUUGGCACUACUAGGGUUUUGCAUACUUCAAGUGAUAAGUUUACUUGUACCGCAAGCCAACGCUAGGGCUUUCCUCGUGUUCGGAGAUUCCCUCGUCGACAAUGGCAACAAUGACUUCCUAGCUACCACUGCUCGUGCCGAUAAUUACCCUUAUGGUAUCGAUUUCCCAACUCACCGUCCUACCGGCCGUUUCUCCAAUGGUCUUAACAUUCCAGAUCUCAUUAGUGAGCAUUUGGGUCAAGAGUCUCCAAUGCCGUAUCUUAGUCCUAUGCUGAAAAAAGAUAGACUCUUAGUCGGCGCCAACUUCGCGUCCGCGGGUAUUGGAAUCCUUAACGACACCGGGAUCCAAUUUCUGAACAUUAUUAGGAUCACGAAGCAGCUUGAAUACUUCGAGCAGUACAAGCUCCGAGUGAGUGGAUUGGUCGGAGAAGAAGAGAUGAAUAGGCUCGUGAAUGGAGCUCUUGUCCUAAUUACACUUGGAGGCAACGAUUUCGUAAACAACUACUACUUGGUCCCUUUCUCUGCAAGAUCUCGUCAAUACUCUCUCCCUGACUACGUUGUCUUUAUCAUUUCUGAAUACCGCAAAGUCCUAAGGAAAAUGUACGAUUUGGGUGCUCGACGUGUCUUGGUGACUGGAACAGGGCCGAUGGGUUGCGUCCCAGCCGAGCUGGCUCAACGUAGCCGCGAUGGCGAGUGUGCUACAGAACUACAACGAGCCGCCUCACUAUUUAACCCGCAGCUCACUCAAAUGAUAUCUGACCUCAACAACGAAGUUGGAUCUUCAGCCUUCAUUGCCGCUAAUACUCAACAAAUGCACAUGGACUUCAUUAGCGACCCACAACGAUAUGGUUUCGUCACGUCGAAGGUGGCUUGUUGUGGACAAGGACCAUACAAUGGGAUAGGGCUAUGCACACCAUUAUCAAAUCUUUGCCCAAACAGAGAUCUAUAUGCCUUUUGGGAUCCUUUUCAUCCAUCAGAAAAAGCAAGUAGAAUCAUUGCUGAACAGAUCCUCAAUGGCUCUCCUGAAUAUAUGCAUCCCAUGAAUCUUAGCACCGUCCUCACCGUUGAUUCCAUGGCCUAAUCUUCUUCUUUUAGCUACUCAUCAUCAUCAUCUAUCCCAAAUCCACUCUAUGCUUUGUGUUUUUUUUUUUCACUUUUAUUAUGUAUUUUUUGCAUUGGUGCUUUGAUUAGUUUCCUUGGGUUUUGUUGUUGUGAGUUUUGUGUCCGUCAAUAAUAUAGUCACCAAUUGUGAGCUGAAAAGUAAUAUGUUUUCAAUGGACUCAUUCCUUAAAAGA